GAAGAUUUUUGGGAGCGGACCGGAUCGGGCCGUGUGGUUUCUUGUGCUGUCGUCGCGUGCCGAUCGGUCAUACAAUCAGUGAACUCUCCCGGUGAACGAGAUGUUUAGUAGAGCAACGGCACAGUUAUUCAGACAGAUGGUCAGACAUAAUACAACAGAUACCAGUCUCAUCUUGGAGAGAUCGGUUAACCGGGUACAGCUCCUGGGUCGUGUGGGGCAGGACCCCGUUAUGAGACAGGUGGAUGGGAGGAACCCUGUUACCAUCUUCUCCAUGGCGACUAACGAAAUGUGGCGGUCUGGAGACGGAGAGUCCUCACACACAGGCAGUGAUGUCAGUCAGAAGACAACAUGGCACAGGAUCUCUGUGUUCAAGCCUGGUCUACGAGACGUGGCCUAUCAGUUUGUAAAGAAAGGGUCUCGCGUACUUGUCGAGGGGAAACUAGACUAUGGAGAGUAUGUGGACAAAAACAAUGUGAGAAGACAAGCUACCACCAUCAUAGCAGAUAACAUCAUCUUUCUAAGUGACAACAUACGGGACAGAGUCUGAGGCCCUUGCUCUGGUCAUCUGGAAAACAGAAGAAGAGUGAAAAUGUGUUGUAUUAUACUAUUUUUGUUUCUGUAGAGUGAGUUUGUGAUACUAGAAUGAAGACAUUGUUUAUAACAAAUGUAUAUGUGACUAGACACUGACAUAACAGCUCACACACAUCUAACAAGGACUUUCACUCUGGUUGGCAAAAACAGUUGAACUUAUUUGAACUUGUUUGCUCUUUAGCUGAUGUGUUCUGUAUCAUUUUGUAAAUCACAAAACAAACAAACAAUUAAUUUUUUGUUAU